UCAUUGGUGUCAGUGGGAGGAAUAGUGCCCCGUCAUUGGUGUCAGUGGGGUGGGAGGAAUAGUGCCCCAUCAUUGGUGUCGGUGGGAGGGAGGAAUAGUGCCCCAUCAUAGGUGUCAGUGGGAGGAGGAAUAGUGCCCCAUCAUUGGUGUCAGUGGGGGGAGGAAUAGUGCCCCAUCAUAGGUGUCAGUGGGGGGAGGAAUAGUGCCCCAUCCUUGGUGUCAGUGGGGGGAGGAAUACUGCCCCAUCCUUGGUGUCAGUGGGGGGAGGAAUAG